GGCGCGUGCAGCUCAUCUUAGGACGUCUUGUGAAAUGAAGGGGCGGAAGGUUUUCAUAUAAAGAGCAGAAAGUUUUUGUUUUAGAAUAAGCCCAAGUACUAGUGAUUUGGUCAUGGCCAUCACUGUUUCAGCUUGUCGGGCGCACCUGUUUAAAUGGUGCGGGCAAGAUGGAACUCCUCACAAGCAAGUGAAAUUGCUGCCCAGAGCUCGGUGCCACAGAAAACUUACAAUCGUUCUAUCAUGCGAUUAUGACUGUUCUAGUCAAAUAUUUUCCAAUGGAACUUCUCUUGGGAGAAGAAUGCUUCUUUUGACAGCUUGCUUACCAGUCAUGACAUUAGAGAAUGAUGUUAAUCUUUUCAGAUCAAAUAACAGAUCAAACCUACUUGCAGUGGAGGUAGAAGAAGUAGAGAUACAAGCAAUAAAAAGCGAGAUAAGGAAAGUAUUAUCAAAGGCAAAAGCUGCUGGGUUAUUGCGACUAGUUUUUCAUGAUGCCGGAACUUUUGAUAUGGCCAAGAAUACAGGUGGUAUGAAUGGAUCCAUAAUCUAUGAACUCAAUAGACCUGAAAACACAGGUCUCGAGCGUUCAGUAAAGGUUCUCCAGAAAGUCAAGGCAGUACUAGACUUAGCUAUGCAAGUGUCAUGGGCAGACCUAAUAGCUUUGGCUGGAGCUGAAGCUGUGGCAUUAUGUGGCGGUCCUGACAUUCCUGUUAGACUUGGAAGGCAGGAUAAAGAGUCGCCUGAUCCUGAGGGGGAGCUUCCAGUAGAAUCUCUUAAUGCUGCUGGUCUGAUAGAAUGCUUCCAAAAGAAAGGCUUCUCGACACAAGAUCUUGUGGCGUUGUCUGGAGCUCACACUCUAGGGAAUAAAGGUUUUGGAAAACCUACAUCAUUUGACAACUCAUACUUCCAUACACUUCUGGAAAAACCAUGGCUAAAAGCAAGUAAUGGGGAGAUGGGAAAAAUGAUAGGACUUCCGUCUGAUCAUGCACUUGUUGAGGAUGAAGAGUGUCUUAGGUGGAUAACUACAUAUGCUAAUGAUCAAAGAAGGUUUUUUGAUGACUUUACUGUAUCUUACAUAAAACUUGUUAAUAGUGGUGUAAAUUGGAAAAAUAUUUAGCUGUAUUUUGAAAUUCUAAAAAAUUAUGUAAAUUCUCACAUUUUUUUGUUAGUUUUAUUGAUUUUUUAUAUGUAAUUAAAAUGGAUAUCAGUUGACCUAUUAAAAAUGUGUUCUUUUA